GAUCCCGACCUAGAAUCCAGCUGUGAACUCUGGAGGGCCUGUUAUUUCUGCACCUGAUUUGGUGGGAGGCUCGUUUCACACAUCCCAAUUCAGGCCACCAGGAACCAAAAUGGUGGCAGAUCGUGGCGAUGCGUCCGAUUUUGGUGCGGAGACUAUCGGAAAGUUGGGUGUGAAGACUGAGAAGCAGGACCCAGUGGAUACCGAGCCAGGGAACGGCACAGGGAAAGAGCCUUGUGCCGCCCCGCCUGAGAGUGCCAGGGGAUUCUGGGAAGGUGCCACACUGGACCAUGUCAAAUGGGAGCCCGAGGGGGCAGCGCAAGGAUGCUGGGAGACUCAGUGGCAGCGGUUUUUGAAGGCGGCACAGUCCCCGCACUUGGAACGAGGAAAGGUCCCCCAGCCGGGACCUGCACUGAGGGAUAUUUCUCAGGCCGAUCUGCCUCCCUUUGAGGGAGCGUCAGAGAGAGGCCUGCAGCUGAGGAGGCAGGAAGGGGCUCAACUCCUGCCCAGCGGUGAAGCCCAUAAGAACUUGGGGGCCGAAGGCGAGGUCCUCAUUCCUAGAACAGUAAAGGAAGAGGACCUGGAUGCGGAGAGUGUCCGCCAGCACUUUCGGCAGUUUUGCUACCGGGCGGCUGAGGGCCCCCGCGAGGUUUGCAGCCGCCUCCGGGACCUUUGCCGACAGUGGCUGCAGCCGGAGAGGCACACCAAGGAGCAGAUCCUGGAGCUGCUGGUGUUGGAGCAGUUUCUGACCAUCCUGCCUCCGGAAGUCCAGGCCUGGGUCCGGAAGGGGAGCCCCGAGUCCUGCACGCAAGCAGUGGCCCUGGCUGAGGACUUCCUGCUGCAGCAAUCCCGAGUGGAAAGAUGGGAAGAGGAGGUGCCAGGGGUGUCUAAGGAGGUAGCUGCUGAGUCUUCAGAGGCAGAGCGGGCUCCGUCGGACACCUGGAAGGCGGGGCUCUGCAGAGAGGUCAAGCAAGAGGGGGACGGAGAAACCACCUGGGCAGGUGAGGAUGCUUUGCACCUGAUUACCAGCCACAGUUACCCCAGGGAGGUGGUCGAGAAAUGUGUCCCUCCCUCCCAUAAGAACUGCAUAAAUUGCCUAAUGGGGCAGUAACCUCUCCCCGCACCUAGCCAAAUAGAGAGUGAGUGUGCUCUGUAACUCACCAGAGUGUCUGUUAGAAAAGAAACAAUGGAACACUAGGAGCGGGACAAGUCAAAGUGGCCGGCUGGAAGAGAUGCGUCUCAACAAUUUUACAGCGUGUACUAAAUCUGUGUAAUUUGGCAUUUCCAAGGUCUGCCUUUAAAUUGCUAUGUAUAUAUUUAUUUCUAUUAUAGAUUUUGUUUACUGAUACUUCUGUUGUACUCUGUUUUGAAAACAUGUUUUGGGAAGAAGUUUACUUACAAUCUUACUGGAAAUUUAUUUACAAUCUUAAAUAAACACAUUGUGAUGUUU